CUGGUUGUGACUUUUGACCGUGGGUUCUUCCAUUCUGUCUACUAAUUUGUUUUCCGAAGUUUUCUGAAUUUCCUUUUUUAAUGCUAUCGGUUGUAAACAUACUCAACAAGAUGUCAGCAUGUAGUCAAGCAGAUUCUUGCACUAAGUAAUCCAAUGUAUCGACCCCAUAGGGUCCGUAUGAAUGCAUUAAUUCAUUACUCAUUAGCAUUGUUGCGUUGUAUAAUGUCUUAGUUCUAUAUUCCAGCAGAUUUGUCCUGUCAGGAUGUAACAGCCGGCCUAAUAGCGUAAUUUAGUGAGAUAAGCAAGGGUACCCCAAUCCGACAAAAACGGGGAAAAUCGUGUUAAAAAAGGGGACAAAAUUGGGACAUUCCAUUGAGUGAAAAGGGAGCCAAAAUUGGGCGAUAGUGAGAUUUUCCCAGAUAUCUCACAUUGUCCCCUCUUUGUCACAUUCCCCCCCUUUUCAAACGUCACGAUUUCCUCUUAUUCAGCAGAAUGUCCCCCUUCUACUCGCAUAAUUUCCCCUUAACCGGCAGAAUUUCCAGUGGCUUCCCCUCAGUGUCCUGUUUAAUCGGAUUUUUCCCCUUUUGGAAAUAAACUUCACCCUUUUUUCACCGUUUUCCCAUAAAUGUCCCCUUUUUGUCCACACGUUUGUCCGAUUGGGGUCAUUUCUGGGUGGAGAUGAACUUCACCCAUUCUUGUUAUAGGACUCAUGGGCCGUGGUAAUCCACACUGUCAUUUCUUGCAAUUUAUGUCUCUGUAAGUGACCGACUUAUCUUUGAAAACACUCGCUGAAGGGGUGGAAAUUCAGUUUUCAAAAUCACUUCCAUAACCCUUUUGGUUAUCCUAAUGUUCUACGCAUUUGUGGUAAUAUUUAUGUAUGUAUAUAUAAUAUUAUAUUUUUUACAGCAAAGGCUACAUCGUGUGAUCAAUGUUCAGGUUGGAAUCUAAUCUGGGGAGUGGUAAAGUGCCAACCGACUUGUCCUUCUAAAUAAGGUGGUCCUAUGUAUAACUUCACUGCCUACAUUUCCUCAUCGAAUGGUCCUUGCUUCACUUGUCUGUCUUUGGUAACAAUUUCUUAGCCGUACAGUAGGAAUCAGUUGAUUUGAUCGGGGCACACAAAUAUUAUGGCUGUUUCAGUCCCUUGUUUAAAAGUAACUGUAGAUGUUGAGGACUGUGGAGAAUUACCCGAUCAGAAAGAACAAAUAUCAUUACCAGUGUACUGUCCGUGUGAGUCGGAAUAUUGUAAUUGUGGCUCUGAAUUGGCUGUUACUCAGGCUUCAGCUAUGAAAAUUUACAAACAUCUAGGUUUUCCAAACGGAAGAGAUGAUAUCGUAGAGCAGGGUUAUAGACCAUGUGCUCUUCAUAUUUGGGGUACUCAUAAUCUUAGUACAGAUGAUGUGUUGUCUUGGCUAUCUGGUUACAAUCCAAAGACUAUAGAAUGGAUUAAUGAUGCAUCAUGUAAUGUGGUGUUUGAAGAUGAAAAUAGCGUUCUACGAGCAAUAUCCGAUUCUGCAGAACCGUUUGAUCGCCGUGUUGCUCUUGCUGCUGCCGCUGCUUUAGCCUUACUUUUAGAGAAAAGCGAUGAAAGCAAUGAGAACAGUUUAAGUCAGUCAGAGAAUUCAGAUGAAAAAUCUGUUGAAAAUAAAUCGCUGACUGUAUCAAAUGAAACACUGGAUUCUAUUGAACAGUUUUCACAGCAUUUACCUCCAACUGGUCGAUGGUAUAAAGCUUUAUCAGUUCCACCUCAAACAAUAUCGCUUUUCUUGAGAUUUCCGCAUAAAACUGAUGUAAAACUUCCUGGUGCAGAACGACGAAGUUUAUACUAUCGUCGUUUUGGUAAUCCUAAUUAUGGCGGAAUGACUGGUAUUCUAACACGUUCAUAUAGACGACGUGUUCGUAUCUCUCGGAUAAAAUCAAGCAAUGAUCCAAAUGGAGAUUCUCGUCAUAUCGAAAGUUUGUCUGCACAAUUCGCUGAAUUAGUUGCUAAUGCUUAUGAUGAUCCUGAUGCAGUUAUAAAUCAAAUUAGUAGUAGAAAUGACUACAGUCUGUGGAAUCCAAUUGCUCAAGCACCUGCGCCUGCACCUGAACGUCCAUUAGUUGUUUAUGAUAAUCUCUAUGAUGAAACAGACUUACAGAGUCGGCCUACAGCAUCGUCGAAAUAUACUACAAAAUUCAAUACGAGACAACGUCGAAAUGCCAGUGAAUUUCCUGUGCCUAAAUCUUCAAGACAACCUCGUAAAUGGCCCCGUCGAGAUCGUGGUCCAAUACCAAAUCGUUGGGUCAGCAAUGAUGGUGAUGAUGAAGAAGACGAUGACAUAUUUGAGACUCCAGAACCUGGAACGAUAGUAGUCCUAGAUCCACGAGAACCAUGGGGCAGUACGCUAUCUGGUGAUCCCAAGCCUGUUAUGUAUUCAAGUAGUCGCAAUCACAUUAGAUCGAAUAAUCGUCAUUAUCCCCGUGGCAUCGCAACAGUCACUUUAAUGCCUGAUUCCGAUGGAGAUAAUGAAAUCAAUUCAAUGGAGUCGGAAAAUACUUUUCGAACUAGACGUUUAUUGUCUUCGAUGAGUAUGGUAGCAGACAUGGAAUCUCAUCAAACAAAACCACGAUCUGUUUCGGAACGACUUGGUAUACCUGGAAAUCGUGCAAUUAAAUCACGUAAACCAAAUAUUUGGCAACGUUUAGGCUAAAUUUUUAUUCUGUUAGCUAUGCUUUAUAAAAAAUUUCUUGGCUGAAAAUUUACUCUUUCAUAUAUAGUGCGCUCUGUACUGCAAUAUUGUUUUUAUGCGCUCUCUCUCUAUUAUUUCCAACAUAAUUGUAUAUAUUCAACAAAUAACCUUGUUGCCUUUUAACUGAAUUUCACUUAUUACACUUAUGAUAACCACGUGCUUGCUUGUAUACAAAUGUUUGAUUUGUAAAUAUAAAAGUAAGAUAGAUUUAUCCGCUUUAAACAG